AUGGUCCUCCUUUCUGUUACCAACCGCGUCCUUCAGGUCCCCGAACUUCUGGACACCGUAUGCAGUCACCUCGAUAAUAUCUCCCUCGUUCGUGCUGCUCGCGUGAACAAGACCUGGUCACCCAUCGCCCUUUCGUUCCUGUGGAGGGAACUUGAUGACCCACGUCCUUUGUUCAGACUCCUUGCCCCUGGGGGGUUUGAAUACGGCAACGGCAAAUUCGUGCGUAGCGCCUCGCCUCCUUUAAUUCUCUCAUAUUCCAACUUCGUUUCUUUGUCGCCAAAGGAUUUCAAGACCCUACCGACCGAAGACAACUGGACUCGCUUCGAGCACUACAGCCGCCGCAUUCGAUCUUUGUCCAUUGACGAUACAGACGAAAAGUACAGCCUCAUCUUCGACAAGUUCGCUCGACUGCGUCCACUCCGCCCGCUCUUCCCCUCUUUGCGCAAGCUCGAGUGGAUCGCCCCGAACGAAAACUCUCUCACUCAGCGCAGCGUUCUGUUCAUGCACGACAGCGUACGGGACUUCAGCCUCACCCUACCACCCAUCUACGCACACCACCCCUCCGCCUCCCUCCGACAAUAUUUCAACCACUUCGUCGGACGAAUGCCACUCAUCAGUAGACUUGCGAUCUUGAUGAAAGGAUACGCUGCGAAUAUCGAGAAGGAGCUGGUGGCUUUGACUCUGGCGUUGAAGGAUACGCUUACGACGCUCGUGGUUCCCCGGUACUUUACGACUUCCACUCUAAUCGAAGCGGCUGCAAGUCUUCCUCACCUCACCGCCCUCGCCAGCCAUGACUCCAUCGCCGGCGUCCACAAUGCAGCGCGGCGCUUUGUGCCCAAUCUACCCGCGGGUAGCUUUCCUUCCCUCGUCUCGCUCGAGCUCGGUGUGCCCUUUGUCGACCUCGUCCAGUGGUUCCGCAAGGGCGGCCUACCGGCGACGUUGCAGCAUCUUACAAUCACGACUCCGAGGUUGGAGGGAGUUGGCGGAUAA